AUGCCUGGCUUCUUCCUCAGAGAUGCGCUCGUUGCCAUCGGCCUCCUCAAAGCCGACAAUGAGCCAACGCCUCUCACAAGUCUAUUCAGUAAUCUCCCGAGCUACCAUCGAAUCUUAAUCGCUGGUCUCCACAACACUGUAAAGUCAACUCUACUCCAAAAGCAUCUCGCAUCCAAUGUCAAGCAUGUGACAACUUUUACCAUGUUUACAGUUUGUCAUGUCGACAUUUACAGAUGUGGCAACGUUACCUUUCACGUCAUGGAUAUCGGUGCAAGUCGACCUAGUGGAUUCCACACAAUGGAAAGGGCGUUCUUUAACCAAGCAGAUGCAGUUAUUUGGGUCAUCGAUGCCAAUGAUUGUGACACACACGUAGAGUCGAGAGAGGAGUUGAUAAACAAAGUCGAUCACAAAGAUGGCAUGCCCAAGGAUACGCCUCUUCUCAUACUGGCUAAUAAGCGAGAUCCAAAUGAUAUUGAGGCUGUACAGAAAACAGAAAGUUUCUUCUUUGAUCAAGCAUCAUCUGCACUUGCUGCUCGACCACAUGCAGUGUUUGGCACCAACAUACACACAGGAGAAGGGUUGCCCGAAUCUUUUAAAUGGCUCAGUGAGAUGGUUGCGAAUCGGACGACACACGACACGCGGGGUACUGAGAGUGCUAAAGUUUCGUGUCAAGAUGAAGUCGUCGCAAUACUGGAAAAUGGCACUGGUCGGAAGUUUGAGCGGGAAAAUAGCCAGUGA